CCAUUACAUUACAUUUCCCCUUACAAUUCCUUAUCCCAAUUCCCAAAUCAACAAAACUUGACUCCGCCGCAACGAACAAAGCAUAUAUAACUCCGCCAACACUCCUCUGUUCCUCCGCACUGCAGAUCCACAACCCGCGUCCUCGCAGCGAUCAUGGAGGACGAGAAGACGCCCCUGGUCGGAGAAAUCGAGGAAGUGGACGCGGCUCCCGAGGCCGCGCCCCACGACACGAGCGAGAGGGAGAAGCACGUGCGGACGAAGGUCCCGGAGGCGGAGAUCCACCUCUUCCGCCAGGGCAAGGGCCCCGUCGCGGUGUUCAAGACGGCGCUGGGCGGCUGGGAGCAGGACCAGCUCGAGGUCCGAGACAUCCUCGAAUCCCACGGUCUCAAGUCCGUUUACGCGUUCAAUCGGCGUGACGGGGCGCGCGGCGUGCCGGUUCGGUUCAACCCCCGGAACGGGAGGUCCGUCUUGACCUAUAGAGAUGGGGCUGUGGUUUACCUUGAUGGAGAACCCAAGGACUCACUAGUUAAACCAGUGACCAGGAUUUUGAUUGGGGUUGCUUUAAUAACCCUUAUGAUAACACUGGUUUCAAGGGAUACUCCGGAUUGGUUGAAGAAAUUAAACGUUUCUGGUGUGAACUUCCCUCCAUGGAUCUUGGCUUGUGUAGUCAUUGUCUUCACCCGCAUGAGGAAGAGAACCAAAGAUUUUCUGAAGAGUCGUGGUUGGUGAAUGAACUUUUAUUGACGCUUCUCUGGUAGGGUUUUAUGCAUUUCUCUAUACACUUGCAACUUUUGUUCAAACUGACAUAGUUUUUGUUGAUUAAUUAUAUCAUCAUAAAUUUAUAGGUUAAUAAUAAGUGAUAUUACGUUUGAUGGAUACAUAGAUGUUCUUGAUCAGCGAGUAUAGGCUAUCUAUCUGCAUAGAUGAUACAUUUAUCUUUUUUCCUUUUGUUGCUGUCCAAAUGUGAUUACUGAUUAGAGUGGAAGGAAAUAGUUUUAUAUCAUGCCCUAGCUUGCAUUGGGAAUCUUCUGAGAUAGCUAAUAUUAUAUCGUUAUCUAAUUUUCAUGGCGAGUACAUACGGUU